UCCAGUCGGGAACAGAGUUGGGUCCAGUAUUGCCUUCUACAUACGUUGUGAAGCUUCAGAUCAGCAGUUAACAAAAAGGAGCUGGUUUUAGUGGGUAAUCCGUAGGGAUGUAGGAGAAACCGCGGCUGUUUUAAGGUCGAGGAGUGGCUAAAAGGCGGCAGUUUAUUCCUUCUCAAGGCGAAGGGUGAUGGUCCUAGUGCUGGAUGGUCGAGGCCAUCUCCUGGGCCGCCUGGCGGCCAUUGUGGCCAAACAGGUACUGCUGGGCCGCAAGGUGGUGGUUGUGCGCUGUGAGGGCAUCAACAUUUCUGGAAAUUUCUACAGAAACAAGUUGAAGUACCUGGCCUUCCUCCGCAAGAGGAUGAAUACCAACCCAUCCCGAGGCCCGUACCACUUCCGGGCCCCCAGUCGCAUCUUCUGGAGGACUGUACGAGGCAUGCUGCCCCACAAGACCAAACGAGGCCAGGCUGCCCUGGACCGCCUCAAGGUGUUUGAUGGGAUUCCACCACCCUACGACAAGAAAAAGCGGAUGGUGGUUCCUGCUGCCCUGAAGGUUGUGCGACUGAAGCCAACAAGAAAGUUUGCCUACCUGGGGCGCCUGGCUCAUGAGGUCGGCUGGAAGUACCAGGCAGUGACAGCCACCUUGGAGGAGAAGAGAAAGGAGAAAGCCAAGAUCCAUUACCGGAAGAAAAAACAGCUUAUGAGGCUACGAAAACAGGCAGAAAAGAAUGUGGAGAAGAAAAUUAACAAGUUCACAGAGGUCCUCAGGAUCAAUGGACUCCUAGUCUGAGCCCAAUAAAGACUGUUUAUGCCUCA